GCCCCGGUCAUUCCACCAUCCCAAGCUGCCAAACUUGACGCCAGUCCAGCAAAGAGCGCCAUUCGCACCCGUACAGCAUCCCCUGAGCGUCGAUCAGAAGUGCCAGAGGCUGCUCCAACUCCAGGUCCGAAGAACCAACCCCUCGAUCUCGAGUUCAGUUCUGAGCCACGUAAUACUGUCACUCCGUCCUUGAGAUCUCGCCGUGGACAGACGAUCACCAACGCAGUCACGUCUCCCCGCAAGCAACCCACGACCAACUGGCUUGACAACAUCCCCAAUCUCGCAAACAUUGAGUCUCAAGGUAGCGCAACUCAAGCUCAAUCCCCACCCAAGAUGUUGAGUCUCCUCGGUUCUAGUGCCGGUGAUAGCAAGGCCUUGGCUACCAUCAGCGAGAAUGAUCCCUUUGUUGGUCCCCCCCGCUCCCGUGCAGCAACCGUCCACAACAACCCAUUUGCACCGAAGCCUCAGGCGAGCCCAUAUGCUCCUGGUAGCCGUCUCAUCGGCCCUCCUUCGGGUCCCAGCCCACAUCUUCGUGCUUUGACCAGUGGUGGUUCUCGCUUGCCGAGUCUUGAGGAGGCCCUUGACCCGAACAACUUUCCGUUCAUUGAGAUGUGUAGAUUGGGUAGAGAGGAAACUUUUGGCGUCAUCAAGAUCAAGAAUAUCCCUUAUGGUGUCACUCGCCCAGAGAUUCUUGCAUUCCUUGGUCGCAAUGCGCGUAUCAUCAAUGAACAAGAGUACGAGCCAGUUCAUAUCGUCAUGGAGCGUGUUACCAGCAAGACCCUUGACUGUUAUGUCGAGUUCAUCAACUUGAACGAGGCUGUUAAUGCUGUCAAUCGUUUCGAGACCAAUCGUGCUGGCAAUAGGGGCGGCAGAUUGGGAUCACGCCAUGUUGAAUGCGAGCUCUCUAGCCAGGAGCAGUUGAUGAAGGAUCUCUUCCCCAAGGCAAAGAAUGUUGCGUGGCAGGGUUCCAGACCUAUUAUCAUCCCCAAUGAUCCGAACGACCGCUACAACUCAGGAUUUCAAGGCUUCAUCAGCAAGGAGGAGUUGGUUAUGUUGGUGAAGCAUGUCGAAGCUCCUCAACGCUCUCCGUUCUCCAAGGAAUGCCCUCAGCGUCCAUUCGAGUGUCUUAUCAGCACGUUGUUGAAGUAUCCUUGGUACAUGGUUGAUCACAUCACCAUCAAUGACCGAUAUUUGCUUCACAAGGCAACCAUUGAACUUAUCAAACUCCUGAAGGAGAGAAUUGACAGUGAAACUGAUCCGGUCAAUCUCAACAACCAGCUCUUCAAGAGAGUUUGGCGUGCAGCAUUGAAGUGCCCCGGCUUCACCCCGUGCAUGAAGGACGAUGUCGUCUAUGUCUGUGACAUUGAUGAUAGCACUGCACUUGAACUUGGUGUCGCUCCCUAUGCGGUUUGGUGGAAGCCAUUGUUCACUAUUGGCCACAAGCCAGAUAUUCCCACGGAUACGUUGAUGUGGUACAUCGCCAUCAUUCGUGAGCACCUUGACCGCAAGAAGGCAUACGUUAGCCUCGCCGAGCGUGCUGCCCGAAAUGAAGGAAACGAGUUGCCAAAGCUCUUCGGUGACCUCGACAAGCUUAUUGAACGACCAGAGGGCUGGGGGAACAUGACCUUGGGACAGGUGGCUAGAUACGAGUGGACUGCCGUCGAGCAGGUCUUGCGUGAGAUCUUGACUCCUGCCUUGGAGGGGCGAAAGUGA